UUCUGACUACGGGAGACUAAUAACCGGACCUCGUAGAGAGAGCUUUGCUUUCUCGUGUUAUUUUUCAGGUUCAGCCUGCAGAACCUAGACCAUUUCCCGCUUUCCGAUGGUUUCUUUGGAAUGAUUCGAAGACUGCUCACUCUCGUCGUUGUUCUUAGGAAGCCCCCAAAUACCCUCAAAGUUUCUUAUGCUGUUUCACUUUGAUGAUGAUUGGAACCUGUACUGUACGUAUCUAUCACCCGAUGGACCUCAACAUCUCGACUUGGGCUACCCUGUGCAUGGCUGCAAGACGCGCAUCGUCGACCCCGACAGCAAGACGGUCCACAGGGAGGGAGAGCAUGAGCUACAAGUGCACGGUACUAUAAUAUUCAUUCACUGCUACAAUGAUGUGGAGGCCACGUCCUGUAGCUUUGUCGUUGGUACCGCGGCAUCAGUAAUGUUGGCACUAUUCAGAACAGUCCGGUGUUAUGAGUCUCACCGUGAUCGUUCACGUGUUCACGAUCUAUUCCAGAGCUGAAGAGGCACUUUGCAGACUGUCGAGAGUAUCACGCACUGCUUCUCCACUGCCGCUCCUGAUUGUUCACCCGAGCAGGGGAUUGAGGGGCUCGUUAUUUUUACUCUUCAACUUUCGACGUCCACGGAGAGGAGAUAUCUCCAUAGGGCCGUUUGCCACGCAUGUGCUCUCCGUGAUAUCUCUGUGAAACUGAUCACGCUUCCUCAAUUUCACCGUUCCCAUCAGGUGGAGAUGACCACACGCUCUUGAGUUCGCCUUGUAAGCCUUUUCAAACAGGGUGAACUUGUUUGGCACAUAUCUCG